UGGCAUAGUCAAGCGUGAAUGCGCAGUCGCAGCUUUUAAGUUUAAACGCCACAUCAUUUAACUGCUUGAAAUAGUAGUCUCAUGACCAUUUAUGCCUUUUUAAAACGCUUUUUUUGUCUCUUAGUUUCUUGUUGUAACAGCAGCGGGACUAAUAACUCACACUGACAAAAAACAAAACAAAACAAAACAAAAAAAAAAAAACGGUUGUUCUCCUAACUUGUUUUGGGCUGCUGUCUCUCUUUACCCAACACUGAUAAAAAUGGACACAUCUCCUCCAGUUCUUCGUGUGCAAGGACAGAAUGAUUACAUUCGGAGGGUUAAAAACGACAACAACCAGAUGCCACAAGAGCCCAAAAACACAAAGCUUCUGCACAAGCAGUACCAUCCUAACAGCGAUUCUGAGAACCAAGAUCCUGUGAGAAAGCUGCCACUGCAACGAAGUAGACUUCCAGUGCCUAUCAAGUCCAACCAAACGGUUCAUGCUUCUAAGUGGGAGGAGAAACUUUUGCCUGGCAAAGCCAAGAAGAGAAAGUCAUGCACCAGGCCAAUGCCUUUCACCAAGUUUUGCACGCAAAAACACAAGAGUUUGAAAACCAACGUUGUACAGCAGUUAAAAAGUGCUGCUCAAUCUAUACAGCCUAAAAACAGUAAAGCCCUUAAGUGUCCGCUUGUGCAAGAAAGCACAGUAGCCAAGGAUAAAUGUAGGUCUCAUGGGACAGUUUCUGGGAAUUCUAAGCCUGAAAAUGUUGCACACCAUAGCAGUUCUUCCUCAUCUUCCUCUGACUGUUUGUAUGACAUGACCCAUCUCAGUCUCAAAGAACCGACUGAAAGUUCCCACCCAAAUAACAACGUGCAGGAAAACCUCCCAAGCGGCCCAUUUGACAAAGCUGGAAGAUUCCUGCCUAAUAAAGCUGCUUUGCAAAGUAUUCGGCGUAACGAGGGCGUUAGUGUCUCCUGCCAGCCAUUUCUAACUCCAAACUCUCAAUCUCGUGGCACGUUUCCGCAGUCUGGAGCAAAGAGUCAAAAAGCUGCUGCCAGCCAGAACAUGGGGGUAAGGACCAAGUGCAGCAUUCAUGCCACACUUCAAAACUCCACAGGAAGAGGCACUUUUACAGAGACACCCCAGACCGUUCCGAUUAAAAAGAAUCUGGCAGCAACAGACAAAGCUGUGCACUUUCAGCCUGAUCCUGCCUCUUUGCUAAGUAUCCUGCGGAAUGAAGGCGUAUGUGUCUCCAGCCAAUCAGUUGCAGCUCCACGUUCCCAGUCUUAUUCCAUGUUUCCGCAACGAAUGUCUGUUUUAAAGCGUCAUGAAAAAGGUGCUGAAAGCCAGACCAAGGGCGGGAACGCCAUAGCACCAAUGCGUGCCAUACCUCGAAAACCAACUAGCAGAGGCACUUUUAUUGACACACCACAGAGAGUUGCAAUUAAAAAGAGUCUGGCAGCCCCAGACAAAGCUGUGCAACUCCAGCCUGAUCCUGCAUCUUUACUAAGUAUCCUGCAUGAUGAGGUUGUCCCCAGCCAAUCAUUUGCAACUCCACGCUCUCAAUCAUCUGCUAUGUUUCCGCAAAGAGUGUCGAUUGCAAGGAGUCGUAAAAAAGAUGCUGCCAGCCAGAACAAGGUGGUGAAAGCUUUAGCCCCAACGCGUGCCACCCCUCGAAAUCCAAUUGGCAGAUGCGCUUUUAUCGACACACCACAAGGAGUUCCGAUUAAAAAGAAUCUAUCAGAAGCCGGUUCAAAACACAAAGAGGACAAGAACUUGCUGUCUCCUUCUCCUUCAAGUCCUGAAAUGAAAGUUGUCCAGACAUUAUUUGUUCACCAGGAGGAUGGACAGACACCCAACAAAGGGAAGGAAGCACACCCUCCACUUUUUCAAGCCUCACCUAUUAAAGAUGAAGUUAAGAUGAACACUAUCUGGGGUGAUGAAGAAGAACACAGAAUUGAUGAAGCACAACCGUUUAUCACAACCAUGCAAAGAGAGUCAGUCAUAUUUUUUUCCACUGGCAAGAAACAAUUGCGUGUUAAGAGGCAAGAAAGUUCGGCCCGUCGGGAGCUACCCGACCAGGAGCCAUCAGAACUGGUACAAGUGGAUGAGCCUAUAAGUCGAGUCAACACAGCCAGUCAUGUUCUCCACAGAGAAAAGAAAAAUUGUGUUACAGACACCUCGCUUGCUUUGUUAUCAAAGCGUCGUACUCAUAUGGAGGACCUACAGUUGGACCAGGAAGUUGCUUUCUACACCUCUCGUUCACUCUCUGGUGCUCCCAUGUCUCGCCACUCUCAACCCUGCUGUAGCGACCCAGUAGCAUCCUUGCUGCACUUUGAAGAGUCAGUUAAAUUUGUUCCACUGAGGUUGGAUGUCCCUUCUCCAAGCUCAUCCCCACUUCAAGAAGACUUGUCAUCCACAUGAAACAAUAAUACACAUUAGAUCUCUGAAUGUUGGGCGUACUGAAAUGCAAACACUGAAAUUUGUUUUUGUUUGGUGAAUUCAAAUGUAGCUAAAAUACAGUAUUAAAAAUUUUCUCAAAUGUUUAACA